GCUAUUGCAAAUACGCUUGGAAAGGCCUCUCUACGAACAUGAAACGCUAAAUCAAAAUUAUGAUUAUCAGAAACCAAAGUCAUCCCUGAUACGGAAUGUUAUAAACGACGUUAAAUCGAAGAACUGGCAAUCUUGCAUGGUCUAACUGUGGCGAUUAUGCAUAUACCGCAAGGUAUGGCUUAUGCGCUUCUGGGAAAUCUACCACCAGUAGUUGGCAUAUAUAUGGCCUUCUUUCCUGUCUUUGUAUACUUUCUUUUCGGCACGUCUAAGCACGUUUCUAUAGAUUUUUUUUAGAUUAAUAUGUCUAAACUACUCAAAUAAGGAUAUUUAGACCACUAUAAACUAUAUGAGCUGCUUCAUAAAGGAGGAUGUUAAAUGGAGGUGAUUUUUUACCUAGAACCGACCCCUAAGUUAUUUAUUAGAAACUGUUUAUGGGAUUGUUACGUCCGCCGGUUAUGAACUGGCGGUGUAAUUGGUUUAUUUGUAUUUUUUGGCCGCUGCCACCAGUUGUCACUUAAAUAGAGGAUCUCUUUCAUUUAAUUAACAACAAAUUUUAAGAGAGAUGUGAAGUGGAAUUAAUUUUAAGUAUUUGACUGAAGUUUGAAUGUGAGGAGUUUUUCUUUUUCCGUUUAUUUAUUUGCGUGUGGAAGGAUUCGUGGGUUGCGUGAGGUGAGUGUGGGUGUGUGUGAAAUAAUAAGAGUGUUUGUUAGCUUAAACUCUUAAUAUAUGUAUUAAGUAUAUAAAAAAAGAAAAAAAGAAAAAAACAUAGAAUACAUAGGUGGGUGUAUAGCUGAUUGUGAGUAUAAUUUGGCUUCAAGAAAUUAAAAAAUGUUUUGCGGGUGUCUUAGUUAUGUUGCAUUUGACUGGAUUAUAGUGUUUAAUGUGCAGCCGUACGGGCGACGGAGGUUUUCGCACGUAGAUGCUCAUUUGCGUGGGCCGUUGGGGUACGAAUGGAAGCGAAUGUGUCCCGAGGAUUGGCUCGAUUUUUUGGGACAAGCAGAGAGGUCCGUAAUCGCCGUUCCGGCCUAUUUGAAACUGUGUUCGUGCGUGGCGGAGAAGGAGGGAACGCAGUGGACGGGUCAAACUGGGUGGCACGUGUUUGCCUCGUUUUUUUUUUUCCUUGCUCAUACCCUGGGACCCAUUUUGCAAAGCAGCGUAAUUAGUAGGCUUGCCAAAGAAUAUUUAGAGUUAAUGUAUUUUUAUGCUUAGCGGUUUUCUUAUUUUUCUGAAGAGAAAAUUUGAUUUUUAGAUGAGAAAAACAAAGCCGCAGAAGCGAAGAAAGAGAAAGGAGAGGAAAAAAACAAAAGAAAUCUCUAAAAUAAGCAAGCUGAUUAGUUAUGAAAAUUUUUGAAGAGUAAUUAACGUAUAAGCGUGAUUUUUUUAAAUAGAUUUUCUCCAAGACCAAUGUAAGAAAAUUAGUAUGAAAUAGAGCGCUAGGCUUGUUGUAUUUUUAAUUUAAUUUCAAACGAGAUUUUAUCUUUCAGAAAUAAAUUCUAGUAUUCGGAAGAAGAGGAUGAUCAGAACGAGCGCCACCUAGUGAUACUAGGAGGCGCUCGUUCUGAUUGUUGGAGGGUACAUGAUUAGACGGGAAGCAGAUCAGGGUUACGCUACCUAGUGGUAGCUACAUAUCGCUCGUCCUGACUGUUGUUGAAAGGAAAAGAAGAAUAGAGGAACUUUUGCUGUGGUUUGCCUAAUGACUGGCAAAGUAGUAACACUUCACUCGACUCCAGACGCAGGAUAUACAUUCAUGAAUAUUUCGGAUGCCGUUUCACAAAAUCACGGAGAUGUCGCAUAUGUAUAUACACCUAUGCAAGUAGCAACAGCUGUGACAUUAAUGGUCGGAAUACUUCAGGUAGUGAUGUAUAUCUUCCGAUUAGGCAUAGUGACAACAUUACUAAGCGAAACUUUGGUGAACAGUUUUACAACGGCAGCUGCUGUUUAUGUUUUAAUAUCUCAGAUUAAGGAUCUCCUUGGUUUAAAACUACCAAAGCAAAAAGGUUACUUUAAAUUGAUUUUUACUAUUAUAGAUAUAUUUAAAGAAAUAAAAAAUACCAAUAUAGCUGCUGCGAUUGUAUCAAUUGUAUCAAUUAUUAUUCUUGUUUUUAGCAAUGAAUUUCUAAAGCCAAGAGCGAGCAAAAAGUGCAGCAUACCAAUACCUAUUGAACUUAUUGCAGUGGUUGGUGGGACAUUAGUCUCUCGAUAUUGCGAUUUACCAAAGAUUUACAACAUUGAAACCGUUGGGCACAUUCCUACAGGAUUGCCUAAGCCAGAACUACCAAAUGUUAAAUUAUUACCGUUAGUAUUGGUCGACAGUAUUGCGAUAACCAUGGUUUCGUAUACUAUCACUAUAUCAAUGGCGUUGAUAUUUGCGCAGAAGCUUAGCUAUGAGAUAGAAUCGAAUCAGGAACUUCUGGCAAUGGGCCUUAGUAACAUAAUGGGUUCCUUCUUUUCGUGUAUGCCAAUAUCGGCUUCCUUGAGUAGAUCUCUUAUUCAGCAAACCGUCGGGGGACGCACGCAGAUAGCGAGCAUCGUAUCCUGCUUGUUGUUGCUUAUUAUACUUUUAUGGAUUGGGCCAUUUUUUGAGCUUCUACCGAGAUGUGUCUUGGCUUCCAUAAUAGUUGUAGCUUUAAAAGGAAUGUUUCAACAAGCUAAUCAGCUCGUUAAAUUUUGGAAACUGAGCAAAAUUGACGCUGUAAUUUGGAUCGUAACGUUUCUCGUUGUGACACUGAUAAACAUUGACAUCGGAUUGCUGGUAGGAUUGCUCGUGUCACUAGUCACGAUUCUACUACAAAUUAUUCAGCCUUACACAUGUUUGCUGGGUCACAUACCGCAUACAGAUCUGUACUUGGAUACGGGUAGAUACAAAGCGGCGAUGGAAAUACGCGGAAUAAAAAUAUUUCACUAUUGCGGGAGUUUGAAUUUUGCCAAUAAUAGUUAUUUCAAGUCCAUCGUGUACAGACUCGUAGGAGUGUGUCCCCAAAAGGUUAUCAAGCAUAGAAAAAAAUUGGCUGAGGAGGGUCACUUCUUGGAAGAAAACAACUUCAAAGAGAUGUGCGAAUUGCAAUGUAUAAUAAUGGAUAUGAGUGCAUUGAGUUACAUCGAUCCUAGUAGCGUUCAGGUAUUGCAUACGAUCGUAGAGGAGUUUGCGCGGGUAAAUAUUGACUUUUGCUUCGUCAAUUGUCCUAGUCCUAUUUUCGAAACAAUCAAGAAAUGUGAUUUGUAUAUAUAUGGGAUGAUGUCGUUGAAAAUCUUUGCGACUAUACAAGAUGCCAUCGCUCAUUUUCAAAAUGAAAUGGCCCCAAGAUAAUAAAAGGAAUAGUUUUUUAUUAUACUAUGUAAUAAGACAUAUAUAUAAAGUGUUGCGAAUUUAAACAGGAACGUAUGGAAAUUGAUAAAUUUG